AUGAGUUUCCAGAAUGAGGACCGAGUGAACAGCCUGUGCCAGAAGGCGCUGCACAUCGUCUACGAGCUGUGUUUCGCGGGCCAGGUGGAGUCGGAGAAGUGCUCGGGCAUCUUGCCCCCGGACCGAGGCAGCCAGGGCGGAGGCAGCACAGAUAUUUCGGUCAGCUUGUUAGCAGUCGUCGUCGGCUUCUGUGGCCUGGCCCUGUUGGUCGUCUCUCUUUUUGUCUUCUGGAAGUUGUGCUGGCCUUGCUGGAAGAGCAAUCCCGUGACCUCCAACGUCGAUGCUGUCCCGCAGACCCCUGAGAGUGCUCCUGCCGAAGUGCUUGAGACUGAAGAGAAGAAAGAGCUUAAAGAAAAUGGAAAGCCAGCACUGAAAGCUAUUGAGCCUGCAAUAAAAAUCAGCCACACUUCCCCCGAUAUCCCAGCAGAAGUUCAAACUGCUUUAAAAGAACAUUUAAUUAAGCAUGCACGUGUGCAAAGACAAAUUACUGAGCCUGCAUCUUCAACCCGCCACAGUUCUUUCAAGAGACACCUACCACGGCAAAUGCACGUGUCCAGUGUCGAUUUCAGUAUAGGCACAGAAGCCGUUUUACAAAGAGGAGAAACAACAACCAGCAUUGGGAGGAUAAAACCAGAGCUCUACAAACAGAAAUCAGUCGACUCCGAGGGCAACAGGAAAGAAGAUGUCAAAACCUGUGGGAAACUUAACUUUACCCUCCAGUAUGAUUAUGAAAAUGAACUUCUGGUUGUUAAACUCAUCAAAGCUUUAGAUCUCCCUGCUAAAGACUUCACAGGAACGUCUGACCCGUAUGUGAAGAUGUAUCUUCUCCCAGAUAGGAAAAAGAAAUUCCAGACCCGCGUGCACAGAAAGACUUUAAAUCCUCAAUUUGAUGAAACUUUUCAAUUUCCUGUAGCAUAUGAUCAAAUAAGCAAUCGAAAACUGCAUUUCAGUGUAUAUGACUUUGACAGAUUUUCUAGACAUGACAUGAUUGGAGAAGUGAUUCUUGAAAAUUUGUUUGAUAUCUCUGAUCUCUCCAGGGAAGCCACAGUAUGGAGAGAUAUCCAUUGGGCUACCGCAGAAAGCGUAGACCUGGGUGAAAUCAUGUUUUCCCUUUGUUAUUUGCCAACUGCUGGACGUAUGACAUUGACGGUCAUCAAGUGCAGAAAUCUGAAGGCUAUGGAUAUUACUGGCGCAUCAGAUCCUUAUGUCAAAGUGUCUCUGAUGUGUGAGGGUCGAAGAUUAAAAAAGAGGAAAACAACUACAAAGAAAAACACUCUAAACCCUGUGUACAAUGAGGCCAUUAUUUUUGACAUCCCUCCGGAGAAUGUGGAGCAGGUCAGCCUCUCCAUCGCGGUCAUGGAUUAUGACAGGGUAGGACACAAUGAGGUCAUAGGAGUGUGUAGAACAGGACUGGACGCUGAGGGCCUUGGGCGAGACCACUGGAAUGAAAUGCUGGCCUAUCACCGAAAACCAAUAACACAUUGGCACCCCUUGCUGGAGUUACCUGGCCGGGCGAACAGUUUUGAUAGUCAAGGAUCCUGUUCAUCUCCCAAACCACCUUCCACACCGUAA